CGAAGACGAGGGAGCAGAUGUGAAGUUCGACUGUCGUUUUGAGUGGGCGCGAAGAAUUAUUCUUCUUCUACAUUUCACCGAUUUCGCGAUCGCCACGUUUUACAGUCUUCGUCUUUAUUUUCAUGGUUAACAUACUGAAAAACGAAUUGACAAUCUGAUCCUUAAAUCAUCGAUCCUAAAUAACAAUACUUGACGGCCGCUUCAUCGCCUUAGGAAGUCGUUGUUUUUUCGGCUGUCAAACUGUUUACUGGUAGCUGCUUCCUUAUGGUUCAGCUGACGUUAGUAGGGGAGGUACAAGUGACGUAAAUUGUUACCUAUUUGCUGAAACACUUUCACAGAAGACUACCAAGGAACAGUACGAAUUUUGAAAGGUUUCCCCCUGUUUCUUCGGGUGUGAUUAUUUAGAAAAACUUUGUAGAAACUGAAGGUGCGACUGGAACAAACUUGUUUUUAAAAAGAAGAUUAUAACACAAGGAGAGUUCAAGAUGAUGGCGGUUUACAGGAGAGUUCUGUCGUUGAUCGUUCUACUCUCACUGAACGUUCUCGAAACACGACAACAUGGAGUUGUUGAUUUCACUCACCACGACUACGAUCAAAUGACGAGUAUUCUAAACGACUUACAGGCAGCUUAUCCCUCUAUAACUCGACUUUUCUCGUUGGGAAAAUCAGUAGAGGGCAGAGAAUUAUGGGUCCUCCAAAUAUCAGACAACCCUGAAAUUCACGAACCUGGCGAACCAGAAUUUAAAUACAUUGGAAAUAUGCAUGGAAACGAAGUAGUGAGUCGAGAAAUUCUUCUCCACUUCAUUGAACACUUGCUUCAAGGAUACAACAACGAUGAUGAGAUCACAAAUCUAAUUGACACCACAAGGAUAAGUAUUAUGCCUUCCAUGAACCCCGAUGGCUACGAGAAAGCGAAAAGCGACAGCAGCAAACCAAGUGUCAAAUGUAGUGGAGUGGUUGGAAGAGCAAAUGCGAAAGGCGUUGAUUUGAAUCGAAACUUUCCUGAUCAGUUCUCUGGGGAAAUGUCAGAUGAAAGCCAGCUAGCCACAGAAACUCUUCUUGUUAAGAAGUGGAUUGAUGAGGUACCUUUUGUUCUGUCUGCCAAUCUCCACGGUGGUUCUUUGGUGGCAAACUACCCUUAUGACAACAGGCCAGAUGGAAAAAGUGAUUAUAGUGAGACACCUGAUGAUGAUGUCUUCCGAUCCUUGGCACAGACAUAUUCUUCUAACCAUCCAAAGAUGCAUCUACCAAGAGCUGCUUGUGUUGGGGAUCAUUUUAAAGAUGGUAUCACCAAUGGCGCAGAAUGGUACUCAGUAGCUGGUGGAAUGCAGGAUUAUAACUAUGUCAACAGCAACAGCUUUGAGUUAACUAUGGAUGUGAGCUGCUGCAAAUUUCCUGAUGCUAGUACCCUCCAAGGGUUUUGGAAUGAUAACAAACAGUCCUUGCUGGAGUACCUGAAACGAGUUCAUACUGGUUUGACUGGCUUUGUGAGAGAUCAGAAUGGACAAGGAAUUGAAGGAGCUGAUAUAAACAUUGGCAGUCGCAAUCAUCCGGUGAGAAGUGCUAGAGAUGGAGAUUACUGGCGUUUGCUUCUUCCUGGUGAUUACAUAGUAACAGUUUCAAAGCGUGGCUAUGAUCCAGUGAAGAGGACUGUGACAAUUCCCAAAGGGCUGGCUAAAAAGGAAGUGUUUGUUCUGACAAGUAAUGGCCAGGCUAUGGAUGAGACAGGUGCACAACUGGAGGAAGUUGUUCCAGAUAAGGAGAAGAAGCCUGUACCAAUUUCACUGGUCAUUGGGUUAACAAUCGUGUGCGUAGUUUCAUUGCUGUUAGCAUUAGCUCUUGCCAUCUUGAUUGCCAAAAAAUAUCGCGGGAAAGAAAGUGCCCAAGGGGAAUACUCUCAAGUCCACACUUGUCCAUGAGGAUGGUAAAGUAAAGGAAACUUAUAGAGUAAAAUGACAAUAAUUAUUUCAUGUACACUGUAUUUUCUCAGUUAAAUGAAGACUCAGUAUUGUUAUCUGUUAUCAAAGCACAGCUAUAUCAUGUUGAAAUGCCUUGUUAAAGCUUGAAUAGAUUGUUUUGAAAUUGCUUAUAUAAUGUCACUACAAAUAUUAUUUUAAGACAGUAAAUAAUGUCAAAUAAUACAACUUAAUUCUCAACUACUAAACAUUUCUGACUUUCUCACAUAAGUUAUUACGUCAAUGUAAUGAUCACUUUGUGUUUGAUGAUUUUACCAAUGUUUAGUUAGUUUUAAAGCACAGUGUAGACAGGACUGAAAAAAACUUAACUUGUGCAGGAAGACAUGGCAUUUAAUCAAGAAAAUACAGUUUUAACAAAUAACAAAAGCUUAAUUUUUUAAAUCAUUUUAACCACAGUCAACUCAGUUGCAUUUCGUUUUGAUAAAGCUUCUCAUCCCUUUGUUGAAUUCAUGGUUCAUUAGCAGUUGUACUAUUUACAGAAUUCUUUUAUCAUAGAAGUUGGUACUUUUGAUUGCUGAGGUUAAAGCUUGAAAAGCAACUGAAACUAGUAAAUGUUGGUCAGAAAAUAUGUUCAAGGAAAGAUUUUGAACUCAUAAACUCAUAAACUCAUUUUGAACUCAUUUUCUCAUAUAGUAUUUGAGGUUAGUCAGGUGUUAGUUUUUUAUGAUUUGAAUUAAAAUUCUUAAUUUCAUGAAGAAAGGCAGAGAUUGUAUGUACCAUAUGAUUUAUUUAUUCUUUAUUUUUGUUAUUACUAUGAGUUUCAUGAUUAAGAUAAAACUGCAAUGAUUGACUGAGCACCUGUGUAUCCUGCACUAAUGAAUUUUGUGACAUUUUAACACCCUCGUGGUCAUCAUCUUGAAGUGUAAAGAAUAAAUUUGCUUGUUCAGUGGAUUUUACAGGAGCUAUGACUCAACUUGACCUGUGCAAAGGUUGUUGAUUUUUUGGCAGUGUAAAUCAUUGUUCCUUUUUCAGUAUAUUUUUGCUCACUGGUGUGUUCCACCAUUUCAAUAGGAAACAAUAUUUAUCUUCUCGGAAACCAACUCAAAUAUAAGGAUAAAGUUAAGAGCAGUUUCUGCUUCUUGAUACAAAGACCAAGAGGGAGUUUUUGUCUUUGAAGGAGUUAUUCCACUUUACAGUAUCUUUGUAGAGAAGGUGUUACCUUUUUUUGGUCACAUUAGAAACCUGAUACUUAAAGGUGGUAGCUCAUGAUGGAAAUCUCAUCUAAAUCUAAAAAAAAGAAAAAAUGAGUUUGAGGUUCUCCCAAUUGUCAAAGAAAACUUAUCUGUCUUUGAUAUAGAAUGUCGAAGUAAAAUAAAGUUGUGAACUGCAA